AUGGAUUUGCUUCAUGAGCAUUUUGAUCUGAUGGAUGUCGACUUGAUAGGGGCUUUACCCUUAGGGAGCUGCCCAUCGGCAGACUCCCUAGGGUGGCACUUUACAAAGUCUGGGAAGUAUACGGUUAAGUCUGGGUAUCAUACGGCACGCAGGGCAGCACCGCGGACCUUUCAGGUUCUAGGGUGUGGUCCAGAGAUUACCCCUAUUUUGGCCAGUGUUUGGCAGGUUAAAUGCCCACCUAAAAUACAACAUUUUAUGCGGCAAGUUUUGUCUGGCUGUCUUUCCGUCUCGUUUAAUUUGAGACGGUGGGGUAUAGCGUGUGAUUUGGGUUGUUCACGGUGUGGGGCUGAUGACGAAACAAUAAAUCAUGCUAUUUUUGUUUGUCCAUCGGCUCGGCAAGUGUGGGCCUUAUCUCAUGUUCCGGUGGGGCCAAUUUCUUUUCCUACGGACUCUUUGUAUGCAAAUAUGGAUCAUUUUUUAGGCUCAAAAAAUCCGGUUUCUCAAGCAUCUGAUUUCCCCUGGGUUAUGUGGUAUAUAUGGAAAGCCAGAAAUGCAUGGGUUUUCGAAAAUAAGGAUGAGCAGCCUGGGGAGAUUUUCAGGGUAGCAAAAGGUGAGGCGUUAUCUUGGCAACAGGAACAGGAAGAGGGUCAGAGUGAGGAUCUCCCCUCUGAUCCCGUUGUUUCUAACCCUCGGGUGAGGGUGGCUGCAGCUCCCCUUUCUACCCUUUACUCGGGUCAUUGGUGUUUUGUUGAUGGAUCUUGGAAGGCCGGUGACACGUUUGCAGGUGCAGGAUGGCUUUGUACGGCGUCUCAAGAUUCUUCGCACAUUAUGGGAGCUACCAAUUUCCGAUGA